AUGUGGCGAGAGGACGGCGCCGGCUCCUCCGGCCAGCGGCUACGGAGGCCGUGGCGGGUGGAGGAGGCUUCGCCGACGCCUCCCGCAGCCAUCGCGUUCCCAGAGGACAGCGACGAAGGGACGGAGCUGCCCUUCGACGGUGCGUUACCGAAGGGGGUGCAAAUACAGUGGUACCUCGGGUUGCAGACGCUUCAGGUUACAGACUCCGCUAACCCAGAAAUAUUACCUCGGGUUAAGGACUUUGCUUCAGGAUGAGAACAGAAAUCGCAUGGCGGCGGCGCGGCAGCAGCGGGAGGCCCCAUUAGUUAAAGCGGUACCUCAGGUUAAGAACAGUUUCAGGUUAAGAACAGACCUCCAGAACGAAUUAAGUUCUUAACCCGAGGCACCACUGUAAUAGUUUCGAGAGGGAAGGACGCGCGGGGGGGGGGGGGAAGGACUCCCUUCUUGCACGAUAGGGGGAAAACGUGUGCAAGCUGAGCCCCGUCAUGCUAGCCCUACUCAAGAGUAGACCCGUUGAAAUGACGGGGCACGGCUUGCCUCGGGGUCCGUGGACUUCGCUGUGGCUGCUCUGCGUUGGGUGCAACGCUUAGGAGAGGUUAAGUUCCCAGCUGAGGGCGGUAGGACCUCCUGUAGCUCGCUAUGGUGUCUCCUCAGAAGUAAGGACUAGUGGGACUUGCUCCCAGGUAAGUGCUGCAGAUUGUGGAGCCAUUAUUAUUAUUAUUAUUAUUAUUUAUAUAUUGUGCUAGAGAGAACAAAAAAGAGAGAGGCAGAUCUCUGCCUCAAGGGACAGUAUAAAAUUUGACACAAGGGAGCCAACCUAUGGGGAAGGAGGGAGAGAGAGAGGCUAAUAAUUAUACUCCAUAAAGGGCAAUUUGCCUUUCAAGACCCAUAAUAAUAACAUCUAAUUGGUGGUGUGAAUUCCUUUUUUGUCAACUCCCGUUGGCAAUAGAAGCUUAGGCUGUGUAUACACCGUACUUUUAAAGCACAUUUCCCCAUUGCGGGGAGGGGGGGGGAUAAUGGGAACUGUAGUUUACUCCCCCCCACAGAGCUACAAUUUCCAGUACUGCUAACAAACCAUAGUUCCCAGGUUUCUUAGCGGGGCCGUGUGUUGUAAAUUGUAUGGUGUGCACAAAACCUUGGGCUGCAAUGCUUCUCCAACUUAGCUGGGAGUAAGCGCCAUCACAUUCAAUAGGACUUCAGAGUUGACAUGCUUAGGAUCCUGUUGUUACUGGCCUGUCUCAGUGCAUGUGUGCUUGGAAGUAACUCCACACUGAAAUUCACAGGACUUGCCAUCAAGCAAAGGUGAAAGGGAAGGUUUAUGUCACAAUAAACUCAGAUCACAAGUGGUAAAGCGUUUACUGAGCCACGUCACUUUGGACAAGGGCUUUAUCUAUUUAAAAACUGCUCUGCUGGAAAAUGUGCCAAUAUCCACCCACCCUACCUGAAGGGGAUCAGGUUUAAAAACAACACAUGAAUUUUCCGUAUGUAUAAAUUCCGUCAAUAUUUGUGUUUGCUUUGGGAUAAGGCUUGGUAAAUGAGGCUUUAGAAUAAUUAAUGGAUAGAAUAGAAUAGAUUCUACUGCUUUGCACUGCAGGAAAACAGUGGGCAAGGAAGGGGGAUUAUUUGUGCCCUCACAGGAGACUAGCUGCUGGAAUUAUUUUAACGGCAUGGAAGACAAUAAUAUACCGAGAGUUAUGCAACUAAAACAAUCUAGCAGGGACUGUACAUGUCAUAACAUGCAGGAGACAUCCAGAUCAUAGGGCUUUUGAAUCAUUUUAGUUUUACUGCUCUCACUGUUUCUGGUUAAACAACAUAUUUUGACAUAGUCUCCUGCCUGCCCUUUGAUUGAGUUCCACCCCCUAGCCCCGUUUCAGAAAUGUUAACCUUAUAAACCAAGAAUGGGGUAGCUGUGGCCUACCAGAUUUUGUCAGACCACAAUUUCCAUAAUCCCUGACCAUUGGCCUUGCUGGCUGGGGCUGAUGAGAAUUGGGAGCUCAAUAGCAUCUUGAGAAUCAUAGGGUCCCCCCCCCCCUUAGUUAGAGAAGCUGUAUUAUUUAACAGUUUUUGUGCUAGGAAUGGAAGAAUAUUCAUGACUGAAGAGUUACGUAGUUACAUCAUUCUUCUUCACCUUGAGGCAGAGUUAGGGGGCAGUUUCAUCAUUCCUACUGAUCUGUCUUGUGACUUUCUCUUUAGGGCCUCUGGGUCCUCUAUAAUUGCAUCAGCUGCCCUUUUUAGUAUACUGAUGCAAACAUGUCCUUUAUCAUUCCAAACUUAAGCUAACUUAAAAGCAGCCUCCUUAUAUGUUCUGCAUCCUGGGAUGGGAUGGCAUCAGGCCAGGGGAGGUGGGGAAAGGCCCACCCACUUGUCUCUAUGGCAACAGUCUUUUGGGGCAUGUAAAUGUCAGUUCUUAACAGACCAGCUAAGGUCAUUGCCUUUCAAAGAAAAUGGUCUGACCGGUUCAACAGCUUCUUCUAGAUUCUAAACCUCACUUGAUGCAGAAUCACAGGCCUGGAAGGGACAUGUGGAUAUCAUCCAGACUAAACUUCCACCAACUCAUAAGAAUAGUUUGUUUUUAAUGAUAUUAUUUCAUCAAAUGUUACAUCGCUUGAUUGUUAAAAAAACACACCUUAAAGGCAUUUGCAUAUCAGUCUGCUAGAUGGAACUAUCCCUACCCCAUGUGCUGUUCAGGAGGAGGUUUUUCCAACAACUCCAGAGCCAAAUUCAGGGAGGGCAGCAGGGGGUGAAAGCCCUGUUGCCCAGUGGAAACCCUUGCGCAGGGCUUCUGCAGAUGGAAUUUGUUGGGUUAGUCCUGCCUUUUAUCUGGGAAAUAUGUGGUCCUCUCAAUAACACUGUAAAACAUUCCAGCUUUUAUAUUUCUUAGAAUAGAAAUAUUACAUAAAUUGCCGUUUAAUUCCACAGUGUUUUCAACUGCUCAUGAGAAAAUGUGCUGGUCAGCAAGCCUGCCUUUCAGCUUUCAUUUUUGCCUGGUCUAUUUCAGAUUCUGAUUGGCCUGCAGAGCUUCAAGGUGCAAAUGGUUCUCAAAAGUUAAUGAACAUUACAACUUCAUUUGCGAACCAGCUCCUGCUCGUUUCACUGCUAGAGCAUCUUUGCCAUGUGUAUGCACAAGAUCCAGCACGUUCAAGACGUUUGUUUCAAUGUUAGUACGAGCUUGACUUACUUUUGCAUGGUAGAGUGGUGGUUGUCAGUUCCAGCAGCUGAAGAAUUGCAUCAUUUUGUCUGAAUUUAUUAUAUUAUAUAAAUAUAUUAAAUAAGAAUGUAAAUAAUAAUAAUUUGAGCACAUUAAGUUUGCAGUCCUAUAACCCUAAUCCUACAAGUACUUCAAGGGUCGUAAACCUCAUUGAACACAUCGGGUCUUACUUCCAAAUAAACAUCAAUAAGCUUUCAGCUCACCAUACAUCUCUACCGGUGGUGCACCUCAACUUAUCUGAAUUUCAACUUAAUCUUUAACUAUUCUGUUGUGUUGUUAUUAUCUUUGCUCCAUCAAGUAGGAAAGUAAACAAUUUUAGCUGCCAGUUCAAAGUCUUAGAUCGCUUAACGAGUUCAAAGUUCUCAAGUUGCUCUUGAAAUGGACGUAUUGUAAAAAAAAAAAAUCAGCCAUAGUAGUUCAUUUAGUUCACAUUGGGACAGCUCAGUUGGUAGAGCAUGACUCUUAAUCUCAGGGUUUUGGGUUUGAGCCCCACGUUGGGCAAAAGAUUCCUGCAUUGUAGGGGGUUAGACUAGAUGACCCUUGUGGUCCCUUCCAACUCUAAAAGUCUAUGAUUCUAUGAAGCCUGAAUUUUAUGUGUCAUUUUGAAUGUAAAAGCUAACCCAGAGCUUAAUGCUAGAGGUAUAACUGCAGCAUGUUAACAUGCACAAGUGGAUACCUGACAUGGUGUAAGGUAUCAAUAAAACACUAUAGCAAUUUAAAAAUACCAUUAACAUCCCAAAGAAUAACUACAAAAUGCACAGCAUUUAUUAAAUACAGAAGUGCAUAUAUUAAAUACGGACAGGCACACAUUUCCAUGCCACCCACAUUUCCACCCACCCACAAACCACCUGCUAUUCAGACUGAUUAUUAGAUCUUGUUUGAUUUGGGUGGGGCAGGAGGGGUUUUUCUUUGAGAUAAUCAACCUCCUGGAAGCUCCACCCAUGGUUACAUUUGAACAACAAGAGUGUUCAGAGAGGAAUGCUGAAACUCACCACAGUCCAAGAGUGGCAUUAAAAUACAAACAAACAAAAAACCCUCCACAACUUUUGAAUUGGGGCGGUUUUUGGAGAGCUUUUAUUUUAAAAGUGUAUUCUAAUACUAAAUUAUAAAAUGCUGGUUCCAUAAUUUGGCUGAAACAUUUUUUGUUGUGUCAAAAUAUUUCAGAUUGCAAAGAUCAUUUCCUUGUAUGUAGCAUCAGCUGUCAGUGCAACUUAAGCAAAGCUAGGCCAUGAGCAGUUUUUAAUAGUUUGAAUGUUGUGUAAAGUUCAAAUGUUUGAUUUCUUUUCAAAUAUUUUCCCUCCUUUUGUACAGUACUGUGUAAGACAUUUACUGGAAUGCACUUGCUAUCUGAUUUUGCUGUCCGUGAAGAAUUCAGUAGUUUGCGCCUGCAGCAUAAUCGAGCCAUUACUGAAUUGAUGAAGGCAGCCAACCAACAAAUACUCAAUGAAGUAAGCUUACUUCAAACUUUCUCUGCUUCUCAGUUCCCAUGACUAGCAUAUAAAGUACAUGGGGAAGAGUAUAGGACUUCAGUUCUUUGGUUUCUUUUUGUGAUGCUUAUGCAGACCAGAGAAUUUUACUCCAGCGUUCUCCUCUUUGCUCAUACUCCUUUACAUGGGCAUGGGCUACAUUAUCUUUUAAUGUAUGUAUAGGUACUUUAUAAGUGUUUAAUAAUAAUCUGGCGAUCACAUCAUUAGGAGCAUGGUGAGGUUGGUGUAGCAAGAUCUAUUCUUCUCCAUGUGUCAACAAAUCUUUUUUUUAAAGGACAAUAGUGUUUCAUGGAAGGAUAACAAUAUAUUGCAGCCUGUUUGGUCAGUGUGUUAGAGCAUGGGUUGUGCUAACUAUGGUUUAGCAUCUAAACCAGGGUUUGAGCCUAAAAAACCCCAUACCGCAGUUCAGCACAGUUUGUCUGCUUUUAUUUUCCCUAUUACUGAUCCCAAACAGCAUUUUUAAAAUUUAGAUAUCAUGCCAAACCAUAGUUUCUGGUCUAGUAUGGACAUAUGUUAAAGUACUUGCCAGGAGUUCACAAAUUUGGUUAAGGAUCUGAGUGACACACUGACAUAUAAACAGUGGCAGCCAAAUGUGUCCCUACACGUCACAGAACAGUCAAAGUCUUUCUUCUAGUGUGCCAUUGCACAACUGUUGGCUCAGGCUGAUCGGAGCUGGAACACACCAAAUUAGCAAAGGCUGUCGUAGCAGCCAAAUUUCAAGUUAGAAAAGUAAAGAAUUUUGCUUUACCUCUGCCAAGAAAGUCUGCAGGAAAUCCAUAAGAAAGUUAAAAUAAAUUAAUACAUCCUUCAAAGAAACUGCUGCUGCAGCCCCUCCUCAUUGUGUAUGUGUUUUUUAUUUUUGUAGGAGUUCGGGAAGAGUGAUUCUUACACAAACAGGUAUGUGUUCAAAGUGCUUCAACGAAUGUUUAAAAUUGCUUGUUGGGCAAUUAACACAUUAACUCCAAAGUAAGUUUCACUGAGCUCAGUGGGGCUUACUUCUCAGUAAAUGUGUUCAUUUACUCUCUCUGCCAGAGUCCUCAGUAUUACAAAUAUAAAAUGUUGAUUAUUAGAAGUGUUUAAAAAAAAUCAAAACAGGAGAUUCGAUAUUGAAAGUGGAAGUUUAAAAACAGUAUCUAGAGUUUCCCAUGAAACUCUAGGAUUGUUGGAACUGUGCUUUUGAGAACCAGCUGGAAUUAUGAAACCAUGAAAGCAUGGUUUGAUCCUCCCCUGUUCUUGCUUACGCUGGUAUUUUUCAUCAAAAAUAGGUGGAUUGUACCAUAGUUAGGAAACCUGACCAAUCCUGCAGGACUUGCUUGUUUUCUGCCCAAGUGUUCACUACAAUCAGUCGUCCCCCAGCUCAGUGCUCUCCAAAUAUUUCAAACUAAUACUUCCUCCAUCCCUAACCAUGCUGGCUGGAUCUGAUGAGAGUUGUGGUCCACAACAUCUGGAGGGAACCAGCUUGGUUAAGGCUGGUCUGACAACUAUGACAAAUCCUUUCUUUUUUUAAAAAAAGAAUGUGUAUAAAAAGGUGUCUGAGAAUAGCAAAUUAUGUCACUAUGGAUUUGAGUGAUAGAGAUUUAUGUUCCUUCAGUGUCACAAAAUUUGUCUAGAUGGAGAAGGAACCUUAAAAUUAAUACAGUGGUACCUCGGGUUAAGUACUUAAUUCGUUCCGGAGGUCCGUUCUUAAUUUGAAACUGUUCUUAACCUGAAGCACCACUUUAACUAAUGGGGCCUACCGCUGCGCCGCCGGAGCACAAUUUCUGUUCUCAUCCUGAAGCAAAGUUCUUAACCUGAAGCACUAUUUCUGGGUUAGCGGAGUCUGUAACCUGAAGCGUAUGUAACCUGAAGCGUAUGUAACCUGAGGUACCACUAUAUAUAGUAGCAUCACUCCAUAUUUUUGUAGUACCUUAUAUAUUCAUCUUUGAGUCAGAACUACAUGUCACGUGAAGUUGAUUAAUAUCUUCUAACAUUUUUUAUAAAUGAAAAGUAGCCUUGGACAGUGCGACUGACAGCAUGGGAGGACAGGAAAGUACUUAAACUACUUAAAUCCUACCAUUUUAAUGCUAAAAAUGCAUGCCCCCCGUUGAUUUCCUGCCCAUGAAGGAAAGUUAUAUUGUUGGUGAUUCUAAUACCUUUUUAUUUGUGAUGUAUUUUGUUGCUACAACCAGUGACGCCCAUCUUUUUAAAAACUAGGGAAAAUGAAAUUAUCUUUGAAGCACAGACUUCUCGCUAUAUCAAUGAAUUUGAUGAGAUUACAAGGCUAGGAAAAGGAGGGUACGGCACUGUAUACAAGGUAUUCUUUAUUUUUUGUUUUAACAACUUUGUAGUAACGGUUUAUAUUACUGGGUGAGCUUCCAUAAUAAGAAAUACUCAAAGAGAAGGGAGUCCAAGAUGGAUGGGAGUUUUCUAAAGCAGAGGUUCUCCUGUUUAUUAGAGCUUAAUUGGACUAAAAUACUGGCGCUUGCUAGAAGAGAUGAGAUCACAAACUGUGGAACAAACCAACUGUAAGGACUUUAAGGUUUGAACUCAUUUGGUGCAAAUGACAGUGGGGUGGGGAGGGGAGCCUACGGUUUCUUUAUUUAAAGUUUUCUUCUCUACAUUUAUGAUUCGGCAACCCUCCUCUGAAUGUUAGUUCAAAUUAUAUUUGUACAAGCGAGGAUGGAAAAAAUUGGAUUAUAAAUAUGGAAUAUAACAUCAAACAGAACUGUGUGUGUAAAAAAAAGGAAAAAGGGAGGGAAACUCUAUUUUGCUAAAGGUUUAUGAUGGAAACUUAGAGAUGACUUUUCCCCAUCCUUUAUUAUCUGCAAAGUGAACUAAAUAACGCUAAGAGGACUUGGAAUUUAAUUUAAUUGGAAGUAUAAUUGUCCAUAUAUCUUAAGCUGGAAGGAAGAAUGAAAGGAGUCUGUGAGCUGCUAAGGAACUGAUAAGGUUCUUUAUCUGCAGUUUGACAGACCACUCUUCUUCCCAGGCUGAGAGGAAAAAUUGUGACAACAGUUUAUUUACUGGGUCAGAGUGACUUUUGCAGCUGUUGUUAAAGUUCUCGGUGCAAAACAAUGAAGCACGGGAUAGAGCGAUGGAGAAAUUUCUGGAACAACAAUGGGAUAUCAGCUCCGCCCAAGGCAGGGGUCGGCAACGUGCGGCCCAUGGACUGGAUGCGGCCCACGAAGACCGUUUUACUGGCCCACGAGCCACCCCUGAACAGAGCCGCCCGCUCGGCGAGUCCCCCGCGUGCUGUGCUAAACCGGCACAGGGACUCGCUGAGCGGCACCGGAAAUUGCGUCUGCGCGCAGGCAGAUACUGGAAAUUGUGUCUGCGCAUGUCCAGAUGCCGAAAAUUGCUUCUGCGCAGGUGCAAUUUUUGGCGUCUGGGCAUGCUCAGAAGCAAUUUCUGGCGCUGCGGACCUGCGCAGAUAUGAUUUCUGGCGUUGCACUGCGCCAGUCUGGCCCACGGAUGAUCUCCUUGGGAGUGAUCCGGCCCAUGGCUGGUAAACCUUGCCGACCCCUGCCCCAAGGCAUGAUGGAUAACAGCAACAAUUGGGGGAAAGAAAGACAUAACAUCUUACUAGGACAAGAAGAAACACCACGGACAGAAUAAUUGCCACACACAGGAAAAACAAGGAUAUAGUUUGAGUUCCUCACUUGCAGUUUUAUAAAUCAUUUAAUGUGUCAACACGAAUAGAAGUUAUUAAUAUUGCAGUUGUUGUAUAAGGGAUUAUUAUUAUGGCUGGCAUGUAAUUGAAACUAAUGAGAUUUUGGAACGCAGAAAAAAAGAAAAUAACGAAACCAUCAAAUCUAGCAUGCGGGGGACCACUUUAACUAAAUUAUAUAAUUCGGUAUUGAAUGGUUGGUAUUAAUUACUGUAUUGUAAAUCAGUAUUGUUAUAAUGAGGUUAUUAUUGGACUGUAAUUGGAAACUAAUAAAAAUUAUUACAAAAAUGGUAAUAGAAGAAAGAGGAAAUCACAAAGGAUAAGUAUACAUGAGUAGCCAACAGACACAAGGUAAAGGUCAGGUAGCUGAUAAACCUCUGCUCUUGCUGACCCUAGUUUUAAGCUGCAACCACCUAUUAAUCUUUCCCUCUGCCUGAACUGGGUGGUUUAUAUGUGUACAUGGGGAACACUGUUCAAUACUAUUUUCUUUUUUAAAAAACAAACUUUUUUGAAAAUUUUAAAAACCAUUACCAAGCAUAAAGCAUUGUAUUCCAGGACAAAUGCAUGUACAGAUGUUAAGUCUUGUGUGCAGUUGUCUACAUGGCAUUAAAACAGAGUUGGGAAAUCUUUUACAUUACAGUGUAAGCUCAUACCCACAGUUCAUGCUUUAAUCUAAAGCAUUAAGGUAAUUUCUCCAUAGUGGCUGCUGGGACUGAGACGGAAGGGAGUUUACUGCACAAUUGUUAAUGUUGUGAGUGACCAGAUAAAAGAAUGUUGCAUGCCAGUUGUCGUUUGACCAUCUCUGAGCUAAACUCUGCUGUAUCUGCCUUCAGGUCCGAAACAAGCUAGACGGUCAGUUCUAUGCAAUUAAGAAAAUUCUUAUCAAGAAGGCUACCAAAAUAGAUUGUAUGAAGGUAUGCACUUAUUUUACAUCUGUUCGUGUGUUUUGUUUGGCCUGUGGAAAUUCAUGACUCAGUGUAAUUGGUUUCAAGAUCUGAUAUUUAAUGUUAAAGGAAAGGGAUUAUGCCAGGAUAGUGAAAGGAAAAGACAGAAAAGGAAAAAUUCUGUCGCUGUAUAAUUCUAAUGAUUUUGUAAUCAGCUACUGUUUAGUAGAUGAACAAUGGUCCACAAGAUACAGAAUUUAGGUGAUCUAUCUAUCUAUCUAUCUAUCUAUCCAUCUAUUGUAACAUCUGGAGGGCCGCAGUUCCCCAUCCCUGCUCUAAAAGCAAAUGGUAUAAGAAUGGAUCAUAGCUAGCCUUCUCAGUGCAGGUUAAAUUUAGCCACUUAACCCAGUAUUCUCUGCUUUUGACUGGCAGCACUUCUGCAGAGCUCAGGCUGAGGUCUUUCCUGUUACUUUCUGCCCAAUCCUUAAUUGACUUUUGCUAGUAUCUGAAAGGCUUAAAUAAGAGUGCAAAGUCCUCUCCUUGCAGAAUACUUUGCAGACAACUAAUGAAGCUGCUAACAGCUGGAUGAUUUAGUACUGUGGUUCCCAAACAUCUGCCUGGAGAUGCUGAGGACUGAACCUGGAGCCUUCUGCAUGCUAAUACUGUGCCGUACCACUGACUUAGGACCCCUUACUAAAAGAAUAGCACCCUUUGGGGUUUUUUUGGGGGGGGAUAUAAGAAUGAAGUGUACCUUCAGUUUUAUUUCAGGAAAAGUGUUCCUCAGUUCUCAAAAUUCUGGUAAACAAUGGCUUACCAAUGAUAAGAACAGGACGCAUUCCCUCUUGUUUUUUUGUAGGUGUUGCGGGAAGUUAAAGUGUUGGCUGGGUUGCAGCACCCUAAUAUUGUGGGAUAUCACACUGCUUGGAUGGAACAUGUUCAACCAGCAAGCCCAAAAGGGGAGUACAACAUUAGUUUUGUGGCUUCUAUCUGUCAACAUGACACAUCACACAUCCUAAACUGGCUGUUGCUGCCCAGAGAAAUAUUUGGGAUCAUAAUAAACAGCUUUCUGAAAUUUCCCCAGUCCCUAGUAUGGCAUUAA